GGAGAAAUGAGGGGUCUCUCCCGGAGACGGCCAGCAGUGACAGCAGCGGGUGGCAAAAGGCCAUCGCUCGGUGCUGCCCUGAGCCGUGCUCGGCUGUGGCAGCAGGAAGGACCCCGUGGGUCCCAGUCUGUGACCUGUGCAGUAAGUGGAGAUCUGUGGAACAAGCUCUUGACUUAAAAAAUGUAAUUCCGCUUUUUCUUUUUAAUAAAUAUACAUCAAACUACUGCAGCAUCUUCUAAAGAGCUUUGAUGCCCGGCAAUCUGCCCAGAGGACCUCCUCUGUUCAGUCUCUGGCAGCAGGGAAGCCGCUGAGCUUCUGACGCGAGCUGGGAAGCCCUGUGGACGCGGUGGGGAUGUGUCUGACGCCACAGGCUUGCACAGCUCGCUAAUUAGUGCGCUUAGGGCUGACGCAAGGGGUCUGCAGCAAUCAGUGAGGGUGAGUGGCUUUGAUCCAGAGGUGCUUGUAGGUUCUGGGAUGAUAAAUUGCCCAUGUUUUUGUUGCUUGGUUAUUAUUACUGGCCUAACCUAUAAUCAGUUCCACGUAGCUUUGCAGCUUUAGUGCUGUUCCUUAGGUCUGUGUCUCAGGAUUAUGCUUUCCCCGUUGCCAUCUUGGGAAAAUACUGGCCUGUGCUUUGCUCUUGACUAACCUGAUCAAGUUUCUCCACUUGAAUGUGUGACUGCAGUGAAAACUGCCCUGAAAAAUGUGACUUUUCUCCUACAAAUGACUGGGGUAUCACUUCCCGAGACUACGUUUGGUUGUGCUCCAGAGAAGUUUCCAAUUCUCUUACCGUGACUGUUCUCUGGAGUUUGUUGUGGCUGUCAUGGAGGGUGAAGCAUGAUUUAAGAAGCACCUGGUGUUAACAGAAGAAAACCAGCAGGAAUGUGGGAAGGGAGGGAGGACAACUCUAGCAGCAGUGCAGCUGUUCCUGAGCCCUGAGGUCCCAGUUACAAACCACGGCCUUACAAAGGCUGCCGGGGUGGCAGAAGGAGCCGGAGGCGCCCCGCGGUGUCGGAAGGGGAUGAUCUGCCUGCAGCAGUUCUCCCUGCGAGCUGGUGGCUGGGACUUCAUGUCGAGAGAGAGUUAUGAGCUGCAGGUGACCCAGCAGAAUGAUAAGCUUAUGUAUGGAGUGCAGUCUGAGUGCAUUUGGAGAGGAAAAUCUCAGUCUGGGGAAAUCUUAAUUGUUUUUUUCUCUUGACUGGAUCCCGGUGUAAGUAGGACUGCAGAAAAGGGAAAAAAUUGGCACGUUUUGUCCUUAAUUUCUUGAUGUUGCAGUAGGUGACUGCCCAGCGAGCUCACUGCAGUGCUGCGCGGUGCCUCCCAUCACGACCGCAGCCAGCUUUGGAAGACAACGCCGAGGAGAAUGUUGCAUCUUAUGCAGAGCAACAUUUGGAAGCUGUUUGGUCAUCGUGGGUUACAGUGCGGGGUUUCAACAAUUCCUGCUGGCACAAAAGAAACCUGUAAGGUGUUUUAAAGAACAGCACCACAGAAAGACAAAAAAACAAACGCUGUAUUUGGGUUACUAAAAUGGCCAGUCCUAAUCUGACUUAAUCACCCUGUGAAAAACGUAAACGUGUUGAACAGCAGAUCUAGGUGUGAUAUAUUGCUAGAAAAUUUCCAGGAAGAACUGGCAGCUUGUGAGAUUACUGUAAUUAGGAAUGUGUUUCGGUAUUUUAUGGGUGGAAAAUGAGUUAAACCUUCCAUCGCACUCAUACUUAAAUGAUUUGUGUCACCAGUUAUCGUACAUCUGACUUGAUGUGGUUCUCUGCACUUCUCGAGCAGCGCUAGCUCUCUGGUAGUGAUAGUUUGUCCUUAGAUUUAGGUGUAGCUUGGCAUUGACCGCUUGCUGCACAAGUUUCACUGGUUUGGUUCAGAUCAAAUCUUCCAAGCUGUAGCUGUAGCUUCAGGAGAAGAGGAAAGUCAGUGUGCCACGAAGGUGAGUUACGCUGGGGGGCUGUGCUUGUCCUGAGAGCGGCGUCGUUGCCGUGGGACAAGAAUGGGGACAGCAGGGACUGUCCUGAGCAGGGCCGGCCGGUGCUCGCUGUGCUGGUGUGGGGGAAUGGCCUUCAGAGCUUGGGGACGGAAGUGGGCACCAGCGAAGGAGGUCGUGUGAGGUACAGAGCCCUCUGGGUACGUUGGUCGUGUGCAGUCCCUAAUUGUUUCCUUUUCUAGGGAGUUUUUCCGAUGGUUUCUCGCAGUGAGGCGUCCCGUGCCCCAGCAGAGAGCCGGUACUAGCCACGAGAUGUAGCACAGGCAGCGUGUGUAAAUAAUGCAGUAGCGCGAGGUCGUGUCACAGCAUAUUUCAUUGCAAGGUGCUCGGGUGCGUUAAAAGUCCCAGUGAGUUAUGCUGUGUCCUCUACCAGAGGGAGACAAAAUGUCGGCUGCUGGAGGACGGUAAAUCUUCUGAAAGGCCCAGUAUCAUUUUCUGCUUGUCUCCAAUUAAACUGAUUACCGGAGUUCUUUGUUGUUCAAAGAUCAGUCUGUUUCAUGUGCUGCCAGCAUGUACUUUGGCAACUGUGGGCAAUGGGAUUUCCUGCAUUGUCUGAGUCUUUGCCAUUGACCUUUGUGGUCGUUGUUCCAGCACUCCGUAUCCUCUGGCAGGGGUGCGAAGGGCAGCGUUCAAAUCCUGAAAGAAAAGAGAAAGGAGCCGCCUUAAAGGGACGGAGGGCUGUUUGUAAUCGGUGGCUCCUAGGGUUGUUGCUGCAAAAGAAGGGGAAUUGCUGGGGCUGUCAGUAUAAUUAUCACUUUUUUUUAAUUGUUCUCAUCCCAGCCUAAUGACGGUGGUGUCAUUUAUAGUGACUCAGAGAAAUCCGCCGUCAGCGCGGCGUUAAGAUGGUGCCCAUUUGGGACUAGGGAGAGGAGCCCGGUUUCCGUUGUGCGCUGUUUUCAGGAAGAGUUGCAGGUGCUGGAAGCACUCGACUGUGUCCUAGAAGUUUCCUGGCUUCCCGCCCCGUGGCUGCUGUGUUUGGAGAGGCUGCUCGGGCUGCGCUCGAGCCCCAGCACAGCCGUCACCGUGGCGUUAGAGAGGGGCCGCCUCUCCCUGCCGGUGAGAGCAGUCUCCCACCGCUGUCGAGUGCCUGCCAAGUGCUGCAGUUGGUUCUGAAGCAGCCAGCCUCGUGGAGUUGUCUCAGGUGUUGCUGGUCGACUGACGGGAAGGGCAGAUGGGGUCUUUAGAGUGAAGGGGGAGAAGGGUGUCUGAAUACUUAUGAGUGAGCUGCGAUGGAUAACAAAGACUCAGAAGCUGAGAUCCACCCUCUGAAGACAGAGGAUGUAAAAGCUCAAGAGAACCAUGAAAACUUUGUUGAGAGAAGAAUUAUCAGCAAGCAGUCAUCGCAACUGUCUCGGCUGUCCCGGUGGCGCACUGCUGCCUUCUUCAUCUCGUUAUUUCUGUGUCUGAUAAUUGUGUUUGCUUUCUCAUUUAUCAUUCCUUGCCCAGAGAGGCCUGUUUCAGAAAGAACAUGGUUCCGAAACUAUGAAAAUGCAGUGGCUUACCAGUUUCUUGCUAUAGAAGAUGUGAACGAGGACAAAGUGCAAGACGUCAUCUUUGCUUUCAGAGCUAGCAACGGCAGUGGCAGCUCCAACCGUACCUGUUUGGACGAAGGUCUCCCUUCUCCAUGUGCCUUCGUUGCUGCCGUGUCUGGCACAAACGGCACAGUGCUGUGGGAGAAGCCUGCUGCCGAGGAGGUCGAGUGGAUGGAGUGCGGCAUCAGGCAGCUCGGGGAGGCUUCGGUCCCGGGUUGCCUCGUUGUGGGGAAGCCGGCGUCGCUGACCGCGCUCGGCCAGCAGACAGGGGAAGUUCAGUGGAGACAGUCAAAUGACUUUGGAGCUAAUUAUACUGUGCUGACUCCCUUGUCAGUGAUUCCAGAUGUGGAUAGUGAUGGAGUUCAGGACCUGAUAAUCUUUAUUGCUACAGGAGAUAAGAUUAAGACCUUCAUCCAUUCAGGAAGAAAUGGCAAAGAGAUCGGCUCCACUGAAAGUCUGAACAUGGGUGGGAAGGCUCGUUAUAUCAAUCUGAACCUGGGCUCCUCCUCCUACUUCCUUUUCUAUACAGCCAACUCUGUCUAUGCAUAUUCCCUGAAAGAUCUCUACAGUGCAGCAACUGGGAUGGACAAUAAGCUUCCCAGCCUUGAGCAAGAUCCUCAGUGGGAGAAGAACAUUGACCCAACCACACACCGCUUCUCCCUUCCCAGCUCUGGAGACAUUCGUUACCUUGCAAAAAUUCCCGGGGCAUCACGGGAGAACAUCCUGGUUGUAAACUCGGAGACGGCUAUGCUGAUCAAUCCACAGAAUCUUCAGACUUUGUGGACCCUCAAUGUGUCCCAUGUUAUGAGUGAGCCACUGCUUGGUUACUACAAACCUGAUGUUCUUGGUGUUGUCCUUGAGAGUGAGAUCGGGCCCAGCAGGAAGAAGGUUAUGAUUGUUGAGGGUGGAUCUGGAGCAGUCCAGUGGGACCUGAAGCUGAACUCUAAAGCAGAGAGCCCGGGGCCAGCCACACUUUCUACUGCUGAUCACAGGUCCACCUUCCUCAUCUGGGGUGAAUACAAGGUAGCAGGAAAUGAAACGGGAUCCACAGCUCCUCAGCAGAAGCUGUAUCUUUUCCAUCCUUCCUACACUAACGUCCUGUUGGAGCUCCGCAAUAACACAGACCAGAUAAUUGCGUUCAAUGCCACACUAUUUGAGCGGAGCCGUCAUGCCUGCUAUGUGCUGUUGACGGGGCCUCAACCCAGCGAGGAGCCAGGGUUGGUAUCUCUGAUGAAGCGCAAGCUGAAGGAGGAUGUCUCUGAGAGCAAGGUGAUCUGGCUGAGCCAGGUGGCUGUGGACAGUGAGCAGUACAUCCGGGACCGCCUCUACAGGAUGCGAUUCCACAGCCGAGUGUGAGUUUGCUGAGAGAGCAGGAGAGGCUGCUCUGGCCCCUCUCCUCUGCAGCAGUGCACUUAACAAACCCAGAUCACGGAUUCAAAUGGGAAGCUGCCUUUCUCGAUCUGCAAACCAAAGUGCGGCUGGCAGGGAAGCUCCCCCAGUGCCUGGGUAUGCCCAGGCUGUGGGAGCAGCUGCCGGUGCAUCCAUUGUCAGAGCUGAUGGGACUUCAGUGCUUGGCCACCACUGAAGUGUCGUGAGCUCAGGGAUGAGGGCUUUCCCCUUGGUCCUUCUGUGCCCGCAGAACUGUGCUGACUCGGCCUGUAUCUAGAGGAAAACAUGCUCGCUGGGGAUGCCUGAGCUGAUUAUUUCUUGGGUGCUUGCAUGAGAAGUGGAGCUUUGGUGUGUGGUGUUAGAUUUCCUUUCUGAGUCAGCUCUCCUGGCUGCAGGAGAGGUGCUUGACUGCAGAUUCAUUUGCAAUCGCCCUCUCCUGAAUAUGGGCCCCCCCUUCAGUAAUGGGUAUGUGUAGUGCUAGACCCCAGCCGUGGCUGAUGACUUGGCUAGGUCUUACCUGUGCCAGCAGAGCACAGAUUAAAGUUUCAUUCUGUUUAGAAAAUGACCUUUUCACCUAAGAAUAGCCCCAUGUACCCCACCGUGCAGUCACAAGCCUAUCCAUGUCUUCUGUGCUGCUUCCUUUCCUGCCGGGCUGUACAGCACUGGUGACACCGACAGGGAGCUGGUCUCCCACCUGAUCCAUACAUCAGCAUUCCCCCAGACCCCCUUGUGAUUGUAGGCAAUACAAAAACAUGAGGCUUGCUGGUCCCUUCAGGUGUGGACACCACCUCUCCUCUUGGUUUUGAGGUGCCAGGGGAUCUAGGACACUUAUUAGAGUAGAAUUGCACUUUAACCUUUCCUGGGAGCUUGGCCUGCUGCUCCUGGGAGCUCUCUGUACUCCAGGGGCAGUGCCAGCUGUCCUAAAAAUACUAAUUUGGUCUUGCAGCUACUGAGGAGUCUUUUCCAAGUUCUGACCCCUCUGCCAGGAGGCGGGCAAGCUGCAAGACAGAUGUAAGCCACUCAGCGACAACACAAGCUGUAUUCACAGCACAGCUCCAAGGAGAGCUCUGCGCUGCCUUCCUGCCCCUCAGAUUGAAGUGGUGCUGGGGGAGGAUCUCCAGGUGUUGUUUUCUCUGAAGGUGCAGCCUGGCGGCCCGAGAGAGUGGGUCUUGCUGGCUGGGACGGGUUGCUGUGUGAAGGUGAUGUCUCCCCUGGAGACGUCUUGAGUGUGAUGUUGUUUGCUCUGCCCUGUUCCUGGUGGGCACCGGUGCAGGCUGUAGGAACGAUGUGCAAAAAGCCUGGAAAACAGUUUGCGUAGGCUGCUCAGUCCUGAAAGCUGCUGUCCCCACACCAGCUGCGCUGAGACACAGCCGCUGUUCGCACACUGCUGGGCAUCCCUUUGGCUGGUGAGAGGAAGGUGGACAGAAAACACAGCUGAACAUGGUGGAGCGUGCAUCCUAAAAAACCUCUCAGGUUUUGUGGUGCUGGAGGGGGGUUAGCCGGGGCCUUCCUCCCUCAUGGAGUCUCAGCUUGGGGCACCUGUAGGCGUACUGUAGGGUGAGCAACUUGAGACAGAACUUGAGAACUUGUGUAGGUCCAGGAAUCAGUUCUCUCGGGGCAGCCACUGAGAUUUCCCGUGCUGCAGGGCAGCUCCGGGCGCAGGCAGCUGGGGUCACGCGGAACUGUGCGUGCAGCUGCGGCUCUCCCAGCCUUGCAGGAAAAUGAGCUGCAGCGUCUGCUGCUGCGGCACCUGUGGUCUGGCCACACACCUCCCCGCUGCUGCCCCGCGGCCUGUAGCUGCAGAACGGGUGCGCUUGCACCCUCUGCCCGCGGCCCGUCGCUCAGGCAGUCAGAGCUGUGCAGGAUGGGUGCCCGGUGGCCUGGAUCUGUGUGGUCGGCGCAGAUUGCAUCCCGCUGAGGUUCCCGGGGCAGCGAGCAUGCCCAGGCUUUAUUCUCGCCAUAACCACGCUGGCUCUCUUCCUCCUCAGAUCCCUGCGCAGGCCUGACCUUCUUGGUAGGCACACUGAAUGUUCUCCUUCAAUAGUGCCGGGUUUUCAGCUCUGGGGGGGCUUUUCUGGCUUUAAGUUGUCCGUUCAUGUUUCCAAAUACUUUGGAGAUCCAGAAUUCCCUGUGGCAGCUCAACUAAAAGCAUCAGUGCCAAACCAGCACCUUCUUAACAAAACAAGUCCUUUUUGCAGCUUCUUUCCCUGUGUAAUUGUUUUUUGCAGUAUUUAAUGAAUGACUUUGUGCCUUGAUUCAAUAACUCAGAUGGGUGAUGAUGGCAUUAUAUCACUGUGUUAUGCGUUAGUGUGUUUUUUAACACUACGACCGUUUGGAUUGGUUCUUUAACUUAUUGCAAAUUGUGCUGUAUAGGACUUGGUCUAACUGUAAUGGUUUCAAUAAAUCCUCUUUUGCAUUGUU